UCGAUCUGACUGGUUUGCCCCAGCCACUCUGGGCAGAUUCCAACAGAUGUCUUUGAAAAGUUGCGUAGUUGUUUAACUGUUUGACAUCUGAUGAGAUGACAUUCUACAGGGCAGGUGGGCAGGUGCCACCACCAAGAAAGCCCUCUGCCUGGUUCCCUAUAACUUCAUUUCUAGCAGUGAGGGAACCACCAGAAGCACUGGCAGAGGAAGAGGAGUGCGAGUGGAACACACAGCCCCCGGCAGCGCGAUCGCAGUAGGUGCCAUCGCAGCUGCCCCCCACCCGCACUGGGUGCCACACCCCUGCAGGCAGCAUACACCGCCCCAGGAUGCACACCAGCCCCGCCUCCACCUGCUCUCCACCCCCUGGUGCCGGAGCAUGAAGCUCCGUGACUAACCAGAAGGCCCUCGGAGCUGGAGAUUAUUGUCUGUGAUGAACAGGGCCUGAAUAUAUACAUAUUCCUAUAUACAGGGCCUGAAUUGUGCUCAGAAGCCAAUGUAGAUCUUUAAGACCAGUGUUAUAACAUCAUGCUCAUCAGGGUGGAAGGUGGCUGUGACUUUUUAAAUUAGUUUUAUGCUUUCUGCUAGUUCUUUCAGGGCUGGGAUAGCUUCCGCCCAGUUCUGUACUAGGAUCUGUGGAAUAAUGUGCCAUAUACCUCAAAACACCUUUUUGCUGAUAUCUCACAUCUGAUGGAACUGUUCUUUGCUUAAAAGCAAAGAUGGAUAGUCUUCGCAUGUGAGGAGUUUGCAGAUGAAUGACAACCCUUGGCUAAUGAACUUGGAAAUGAGAAGAGAUUUAAGUCAGCUCCAACAAUGACUAUAAAAGUAUCCAAUUUUUUAAAUUUUUAUUCUAGAUAUGGAUGCCUGCACAGAAUGUCCAGAAGAUCAAUAUUCAAACUUCCACCAGAACCAAUGCAUUCCCAAAGUCAUAACCUACCUUUCAUACGAGGAACCUUUAGGAAUGACUUUAGCUUUGUCUGCUCUUGCUCUUGCUCUGAUCACAGCUUUGGUGAUAAUAAUAUUUGUGAAGCACCAGAACACACCCAUCGUCAAAGCCAACAACCGAAGUGUCACCUACAUUCUUCUCAUAUCCCUCCUUCUGUGUUUCCUCUGCUGCUUGCUUUUUAUUGGAAAACCUGGACAGCUAAUUUGCUUACUCCGACAAACAACUUUUGGCAUCAUAUUUUCUCUUGCUCUUUCCAGCUUGUUAGCUAAAACCAUCACUGUAGUCCUGGCAUUUAUGGCUACUAGACCAGGAUCUAGAAUGAGAAAAUGGAUGGGGAAAAAGCUGACAAACUCUAUCAUGGUUUCAGGCUCCUUUAUUCAAGCAGGAAUUUGUACCCUUUGGCUGAGUAUUUCUCCCCCAUACGCAGAUACAGACAUGUACUCCGUGAAUGGGGAAAUUAUAGCAGAGUGUAAUGAAGGCUCAACUGUCAUGUUUUAUAGUGUCUUGGGCUAUAUGUGCUUCCUGGCCCUUGUCAGCUUCACAGUGGCAUACCUUGCUAGGAGGUUGCCAGACACUUUCAAUGAAGCCAAAUUUAUCACUUUCAGCAUGAUGGUGUUCUGCAGUGUUUGGUUGUCCUUUGUUCCUGCCUACCUGAGCACCAAAGGAAAAUACAUGGUGGCUGUGGAGAUCUUCUCUAUCUUAUCCUCCAGUGCUGGGUUACUGGUUUGCAUCUUUUCCCCUAAAUGCUAUAUUCUUUUGUUCAGGGCUGACUUGAAUAACAGGGAGCAACUGAAAUCAGGAAAAGACUAAGUUAUAUGAGAAUUAAAAACAGAUGGCACUCCCCCCCC